UUGCGGGCGGCUGCGCCCGCGCCUGCCCUUGUUUGGCCGCGCGGGCUCGGGGGUGGGGAGCCUGGGAGGUGGGGGCGGUGCCGUCCGCGUCAGCGGCGCCCGCGGUGACGGCGACGUGCGGCCCGCGCCACUGCUGCCCGCGGACGCCGAGGACCCCCGGAGCUCAUGGCCCAGGCGAAGAUCAGCGCCAAGGCCCACGAGGGCCGCUUCUGCCGCUCGUCGUCCAUGGCCGACCGCUCCAGCCGCUUGCUGGAGAGCCUGGACCAGCUGGAGCUCAGGGUUGAAGCUUUGAGAGACGCAGCUACUGCUGUUGAACAAGAGAAAGAAAUCCUUCUGGAGAUGAUCCACAGUAUCCAGAACAGCCAGGACAUGAGGCAGAUCAGCGACGGAGAAAGAGAGGAACUGAACCUGACUGCCAACCGUCUGAUGGGCCGGACCCUCACUGUUGAGGUCUCAGUGGAAACGAUCCGAAACCCCCAGCAGGAGGAAUCCUUAAAGCACGCCACAAAGAUUAUAGACGAGGUGGUCAGUAAGUUCCUGGAUGACCUGGGGAAUGCCAAGAGCCACUUAAUGUCACUUUACAGUGCGUGCUCAUCUGAGGUGCCACCUGGGCCGGUUGAUCAGAAGUUUCAAUCGAUAGUCAUCGGUUGCGCUCUUGAAGAUCAGAAGAAAAUCAAGAGGCGAUUGGAGACUCUGCUGAGGAACAUUGACAACUCCGACAAGGCCAUUAAACUAUUAGAGCAUGCCAAAGGAGCUGGUUCCAAAAGCCUGCAAAACACUGACGGCAAAUUUAAUUAGCCUUCAAAUCCACAGGCCCUUACAAAAGAUGUAUAAAAAAAGAAAACUACUAUUUUAAAUAGCUAGUCUCUAUGUUAGGUAUAACCACUUAAUUGAUACUGGUAAUUAUUUCAGAUGGGGAGGUAUUCCAGUGUCGGAGACACACAGAUAACACUUAAAGCUAGGAGUAUUUCAGUCACCUACUUUGAAGUUUUGGACAGUGUUCCGUCUUGACUCUAGCACUGUAUAUUUAACUUCUGAAGAUGCACAAGUAGUGUGUGUGUGGGGGGAAUAAAAAAGAGGGGAGCGGCAAAAGUACCACUGCCCUUUCCUUGACUUCAGCCCAGAGCACCCAGUCCUGGAGGAGUGCACUCACACCAGCGUGAACAGAACACCCAGCCAUGGAGGAGUGCACUCACACCACAGUGUGAAUAGAGCACCCAGUCCUGGAGGAGUGCACUCACACCAGCGUGAACAGAACACCCAGCCAUGGAGGAGUGCACUCACACAAUAGUGUGAACAGAGCACCCAGCCCUGGAGGAGUGCACUCACAGCACAGUGUGAACAGAGCACCCAGCCCUGGAGGAGUACACUCACUCACACCAGUGUGAACAGAACAGCCAGUCCCUGGGGCAGUGCACUCACAGCAGUGUGAAUAGAUAACCCAGUCCCUGGAGUGGUAGAUUCACACUACAGUGUGAACAGAGCACCCAGUCCCAGGAGCAGUAUACUCAUACCAGUGUGAACAGAGCACUCAGUCCCUGGGGCAUUGUACUCACACCAGAGUGUGAACAGAAAACCCAGCACUGGAGCAGUGCACUCACAGCACAGUGUGAACAGAGGACCCAGUCCCAGGAGCAGUGUACUCCCACCAGAGUGAACAGAGCACCCAGCCCUGGAGGAGUGCACUCACAGCACAGUGUGAAUAGAAUACCCAGCCCCUGGAGUGCUGAAGCACCCAGCCCCUGGGGCAGUGCACUCACAGCACAGUGUGAAUGAAGCAUCCAGUCCCUGGAGCAGUACACUUACACCAGUGUGAACAAAGUGCCCAGCCCCCUUGAGCAGUGUACUCACACCACACAGUGUGCCUAAAAGGAUAAACACAUCAGAACUUCACCGUGCAUGGUCUCCAUGUUUUGGGCAUCUGUUUUCUCUAUGCAUCUCAUACCAUGUAUUUUUAGGUGUGUGUGUAAGCAUGAUGAAUGUGAGGAGCCCGCCUUCAUUUUACCACUGUGAAGCUCCACCCCCACCCUGUAUUCUGCAGGGCAUCCCUCCAGGGCCAGUGCUGACCACCUUCUUAAUGUGCUGCCUUGAGCCCACGCAUGUGCAGAGGGAGCACUUACUCAACCACUUCCCUCUGGACAGUUGGGUGGACGGUUUCAAUUUGUUGCUGUGACUACAACAUACUUAUGUCCGCUGAGCUUUAUUCUGUUCUUGGUCUUCUUUGUAUAAAAGUCCAUUAAUGGGUUCAUUGGGCCAAAGGAUAUAUACAUUUCCAUGGCCUAGAAACAUAUUUCUAAAUUUUUAUAAGUUAUCAAUCUGUACUGUCUUCGGUAAUUAAAAGAAUCCAUUUCGCUGAA